UUCAACUUCCUGGUUAGUGCGAUACCAGAACCCGAUCACCUUAAAAAAUAAAUACUCAAUUCAAAAAUCGAUGCAGAUUACAGCGUUAUAAUAUUUAAAUAUUUAAUUGUAUUAUUUACUAUUAAUAUUAUUAUUAUUUCAUUAUUGAACUGCUGUGCGUGAGCCGUGAGCACGACGCACGUCGCUGGACGACGAUCAGUCGCCAUAUUGAUCGCGUAACGUGUUAUCAAUAUUUUAUUAUUAUUAUUAUUAUUAUUGUGUUCGGCGUUUGUUUUGCGUCUCGCGCCGACCAGCCACACACCGACACCGCACGACGGACGAGUGAUAAAAAAAUAAUUAUUGGCUGUAACACGACAACAGAGCUUGGAAACUCAGCCGCCGCCGCCGCCGCCGCCGCCGCCGCCAGCCGUAUAUGUAUUCCGUAGGCCGUUCCCGUUUGCUGCGGCGUUUCCCCCGUUGGCCGCGUCUGUCACCAUUGUCGACGCAGUUGGAUAAUAAUAAUAAUAAUAAUAGUAAUAAUAACAAUAGCUAUAAAUUGUAUUAUACUUUUGUUGCCAUUGCUGAUUGCUGAUUGCCGACUGUGGAAAAAUGACGGACACGAAACCGCUGUUGGACAGCGAAGAUUCGACCGCCCAAAAAGCUUCGGAAGCAGAGUCUCCUUCAUCUUCCAUUAUUGAUUCCAAUACAUUAUCUACUAAUGUACCAAAUGAAAAUUCAGAAUUUACAGUUCCUGAAAUGGGACCUGAAAAUGCUGCUUCUAAAGUAACAUGUAGAGUUUGUCAAGAAAUGAUUGAUGUAAUUGGUAAAAGGGAACAACAUGUUGUAAAAUGUAAUCGCUGCAAUGAAGCCACUCCUAUUAGAAGUGCUCCAGCAGGCAAGAAAUAUGUACGCUGUCUGUGUCAUUGUCUUUUGAUUUGCAAAAGUACAUCACAACGUAUUGCUUGUCCCCGUAUAAACUGCAAAAGAGUUAUAAACUUAGCACCAAGUCCUGUAACACCGCCGAUUCCUCAGGUUCCAGGCAUGUGUCGCGUUACUUGUGUACACUGCCAGGAUACAUUCCUUUUUAAUAUGUUACAAAACGCAUUGGCCAGAUGCCCGCAUUGCCGUAAAGUGUCUUCUGUUGGCCCCGAAUUUGCUAAAGCAAAAGCCAUUUUUUUCCUCAUUUUAUCUGUAAUACUGUUUAUUAUUGGCGGAGGUGUUGUAUUCUUCACAUAUUCAAAUGCAAAGGCUCACAGCGGUUAUUUCAUUAUUCACAUUGGUGUCCUCAUCUUAACACUUUUAGCACUUUGGAAAUGUCUAUAUUAUUGCCGAAUUAAGGUCAGCUCUAUUGAUGGACCUGUUUAAAAAUAAUAAUAAAUUGUAUCCUUAGAAUAUUGGCCAUUUUAAAUGUUAAAAAAAUUUAUUUUAUACUAUGGUAAAUAAUUAUUGUAGUUUUAUACCUCGUUUUUUUUUUUUUUGUUUAAUAUGAAUUGUAUUUGUUGGAUCUUAUAAUAUGAAGAAAACGAUUCUAUUUACAAGUGUACACUUGUGCAGUGAUGUUGAAUAAUAAUAAUAAUUCUAUAUUAUUACUAUUGUUGAUGACGAUAAUCUUCUAUUUUAAGUAAAACAAAAAAUAAAAUAAAAUGAUUAAGACAUUCUUCAAUCUAACAUUUACAAAAUUUACGUCUGUUCCAGAUAACUUAAGUUUAAUAAUUAAAAUAUGUUAUGUAUCCAAUAAUAAUAAAAAUAAAUAAAAAAAUAUAUUAUGAUUUCUUAA